AUGAGCGACAGUGACCUAUGGUUGGUCGAGUCCGACCCAUAUCAAGGAGAAGACAAACUGGAUGAUCCAGAUGCAUUCAAGUUCACUGGAACAUCAUAUUGGUGCAAGAGGUGUAAGGAUGCCCGAGUAGGCUCUCUUUGCAAGGCCACUGCCCACGAGCAGACGAGCAGCCACAUCAUUAACACCAGAUAUUUUGAUAGGCGAGUCUCCAGUGAUCCACUUGCCUCUCAGCCCUCUCCAGAUCCGUCAUCCGGACGUUCGAACACUCGAUACAUGAGCGGCAUGGCCAAUGAGCUCUCACCGCUACCUCCAUCCUCACCUCCCAAUCAUUACUACACCCCCGCGCAAUUUGAAGACAUAGACAAUAACGAGGAAUUGGACGGUGCGGGUGAUGUUGGGAAUGGUGCAGGUGAUGUUGGAGAUGGCUUUGAUGACGAAGGGCCUGCAAACCUGUCUACACCUACUACUGGUGGACCUGCGGCCAGUCCAUCUACUGGAAGUGAUAUGUAG